GCAAAGACUAAGCCAAUCGAAGGCUCGAAGCGUGUUCACCGCCAGGGUUCAAAAUUUAUAAUUGAAACUUGAAAGCUGUUUGAGUUUCGUAAUUCUGGAAUGUUUUCAAAACUUUUGUUGUAAUUUGUCGCAAGAAUUUAUCAUAAAUAUGACAGAAAUAUCGGCUAUAGACUACAAAGAUUCUGUACGAACUAUUGUGAGACGAAGACUGAAGGAAAUUGGCAUAAAACUGCCAAAGUCGAAGCAACGAACGGAUUUUAAAGUGGACAAUGGUUCAUAUGACAAUCCUUAUGCUGUAUUUGGUGUUCCAUUGGAGAGGUUGCCAUCUGUGAAUGUUGGUUGUAACAAUUAUAUUCCUGUGCCGAGGUUUCUUGUCGAAACCACAAAAUGUCUGGAAAAUCAUUUGGCUACCGAGGGAUUGUUUCGCAAGUCUGGUUCUACUGCCCGGCAAAAACAACUAAGGAGAGUCAUUGAAAGUGGCGGUUCACUUGAUGAUGCAUGCCCACAUGAUGUUGCUUGUUUGCUAAAGCAGUUUUUCCGUGAAUUACCAGAACCACUUCUGACAAAUCAACUGCAUGACCACUUCUUGAAGUGCCUUCCACUGUCAUGUAAAAAUGAGCAGACAAUGUCUGUAUUAUUUCUUUGCAUUCUCCUGCCUAUGGCACAUUUGUACACGCUGCAAUAUUUUGUGAAGUUCAUAUCCAAAGUUGCUGCGAAGUCUGAACAGAGCAAGAUGGGGCAUGCAAACCUUGCAAUUGUCCUUGCUCCGAAUCUCAUCAAUUCGAACAGCAAGAAGGACAAUCACAGUUAUGGUAACGAGAAGAUUCUUAAAGAUCAGAUGCAGGUUGUGGAAAUCCUGUUGGAAAAUGUUGAGAUUGGUGUCAUCCCCGAUGAUGUGCUCAACGAGGCAAAAAGUUGUGUCGAUGGUAAUGAUGGUGGUUUAUCAUCAGGUGAUGAACUUGAAAGCGAGAGGUACAACUUAAGAGGAAAGAGCAGGCCUACAUCAAUUUCAGCUUUUGUUACGGGCAAAGUAAACAAGUUUCGCCAAUCAAAUAACAGACACAGGCGAUCAAAAAGCGUUAAAGUGGACUUCUCGCGACAGAAAAGAAAAGUGGAAAUAAAAACGAAAUCUAAAGAUGAUUCUGUAUUACUGUCGGAUCAUCAUGAUGCAGGCGAGUUCACUGGAAUGAUUAAGGACCAAAAACGGAAGCCUUCUGAUGCUGAGGCGGAUAAAGAUUUGACACCUGCUGGAAAAAGGAAAAAUGUCAACAAGGAUUUUUCCAGUCAUCAUCAAUGUCACGUGAUUAGUUCGCCAUUCUCCGUUUCCGGAUCGACACAGAUGUUUACAACACCAAAGCGACCUAUCUACAGAGCGGCUCCUUUUACCGAAAAUGGAAACAAAGAUCGUUCCCAUGAGACUCCUCACGUUAUGGUCGUCGAUGCACGGAAAUACGAGUCCCCGGAGGUUUUACAACCCGGCGAAAUCACUCUGGAAUUCACAAAACUUAUGGGCAACAACACUCCGGUCGGAGAUAAGUAUGUGUUUGCUUCACCGCACACUGCUACAUUGUCUUCUGAGAUGAAAGCGAAAAGGGCUAAGAGACAAGGAAGACAUAAAACCAACAGAAGACAUUCCUCUGGAGCGACACGUUGUUUUUCAUCAUCACCACGAAUAAGAAACAAGACAUCGAAGAAGACCAGUCCAAAGAAGGAAGCACCUUUGGCAAUGGAGGAUAGACAUGGAUCGAGUGGAUCGACAACGGAUGAGAAUUGCAACUUGAUCGGGGAUAAUAGCGUGGUGGGCACGUGGUCGAGAAAUGGGGAGAAAUAUACACCUCGGAAGAAUACCCCACCUUUACCGCAUCUGAAAAAGAAACCUGAAUUUCGUACAAUUUUCACGGAAAAUGUCUUCUAAAUAACACGACUUGCGUUGAUGAUGAUGGUGGUUGGGUAAAAUGAAAAAUUGGGGUGGAAUUCCUGAAAAAGUAUUUUGGUGGUUGUCCAAAGGAUUGUACAGGAUUUUUUCCGUAUCUUUAUGCUAUAAAUAGAAAUCUUUUGCCAUUAUUUUAUAUCUGUAGUAAGAUUUUAAAUUAAAUCGUUCGUACUUUA